AAAUUCUCUUCUGUUUCACCACAGGAACCCCUCUCCGUAAGAGCGCUCACUCGUCUCUAUGUUCACCCCUCUCUCCUCUCUCCAUACCAGCGCUCACUCCUCUCUCUCGGUCUCUCCUCAGAGGUUCCGAGAACUCCUCUCUCCAGUACCAGCGCUCACUCAUCUCUCUGCGGGUACUCUCUUUUCUCAGAGGUUCCGAGAACUCCGAUCUCGACCCACAGUCUCAUUCCCUUGCGAUUUCGACCCACACUCUCGCUGUGCCACGCUUCUCCCGAAAACCUCCGCACUUGUUCAGCUGCCGGCGGUGAUUUCUGGUGACUGCAUCGGAAAGGAAGAAGAAAAAGAAGUUUCUCCCUCUGCAUUAUUCCGAAAAAGGUGUCGGUCACAAGCAAGCAGGUGGUUGCAACGCAACGCAUCCCAUAAACCCUUCCUAUUGGCUAUGCAUUCCCAUAUCGAGAGAAUCCUAUGGAGCGAGGACCAAAUUUCUCGCCGUGUCUCCGAGCUCGCCGCCGAAAUCUCCGCCGACUUCGGCGGACAAUCUCCGGCUCCCGUGGUCGUCGGCGUGGCCACCGGGGCAUUCCUCUUCUUGGCUGACCUCGUUCGCAAAAUAGAUCUGUCCAUCGCCGUUGAUUUCGUCCGAGUUGAAUCCUACGGUUUCGGAACCGUUUCCAAUGGCGCACCCACCAUUUCCUUCGAUUUGAAGGUCGACGUCAACGCCCGUCACGUCAUCGUGGUUGAAGACAUUGUAGAUACUGGACAUACCUUAUCUAAAGUCAUUGGGCACUUGAAAUCAAAGGGAGUAUCCUCUGUUUCUGUAUGCACUUUCCUUGAUAAACCUGCAAGGAGAAAAGUUCAUUUUCAGUUGCUGGGUGAAGGGAAAUACUACCGGGGAUUUGAGUGUCCAGACUAUUUCGUUGUAGGUUAUGGACUGGAUUUCGCUGAACUCUAUAGAAAUUUGCCUUACAUUGGUGUUUUGAAGCCUGAACUUUACAAGUGAUCUUAUAUUUCCUAGUGAAACCUGUCACACGUGGAAUCUUAAAGCAUUAAACAUGGUUCUACAAGUUUGUCUGCCACACAUUCUUCCAAGAGUAGCAUAUAGAAACUAGAAGAAAAUGAAUAACAGGGCCUUGCUGUGUGCUUUCCAUGGCUAUCACGAAAUAAAUUGUUUCAGAGCUUUACAAUUUCAUUUACACUAUUAUCUUAUUAAAGCAAUGUGACAGCGUGUUACUUGUACUAAUUAUCAGACAAGGAAAUGUUUGUCAAUACAAGAUCAAAUCAACGGGCCUCGUUUUUUUGAAUUAUUACUUAUUUUGAGGUCGGUCA